AUGGUCAUGGCACGACCAGACCUGGGCCUCGGCCUAGCCGAGAGAGGCCUGCCAGCUCUACGGAGGCAAUUUCCUCACGUAGAGGCCGAUGCCUUGAACCUCUUCCUUGAAUCGAGCGAGGAAGGUUCGGGCCUGGCGGAUGAUGCGUUGGCUGCCUUGGCGGACAUGGAGCGAGAAGCCGUCGCUGGCAAAGAGGAUCAGUUUGGUCAUUUGCCAACCCGUGGCUGCCGGGUGACGAGAAGAGAUGGCUGUGGGUCGCUGCAGGUCAUCUUCGAGGGCGGAGAGAGCCCACCUCAUGUCGGCACCGUCUUGUCGAUGACUGGCUUGGAAGAGCUGGCGAAGUGCGAGAAGGUGCUGCAGGCCGGACUUGUCCUUCCGACCGGUGAGGUCCUAGCGCUUCAGACAGGCUGCAACCCGACCAGCUUUCUGCUGCAAGAGUUUGGCAUGCACGAACUGCGGGUCUGUAGCGGCAGUGCCCAAGAGGUUGAGCGCUGCUGGUUCAUGGUGAGCUCUCCCUUGGGAGAGUAUGGCGAAGCUCUUGAUUUGUUCAACGAUGCGUACGAUUGGGUCUGGGAUGGGGCCUGGACAUCUGACCUCGAAGACUCCAUUCUCAAUCUCUUAGUCGCUCUGGAUGAGCGCUUCGAGGCCGUCGCAAAUGGCUCCGGUGGGUUCAUGGCUCAGUCAUUGAUGUCCACCUUGUCAUCGCCAAAGAAGCGCAUGGAGAAGAAUUUGUCGAAGGCUUUGGAAUCACAGGACACCCUCGCUUUGGGCCGGGCGGUGGGUUGCGUACGGGCAUUCAUCCUGGGCCAGAGCCUGAUGGACAUGUUUGCCCCGGCUGGUCAGGAUCUGCAAAGCAGCGCUUUCUACCAGAGCAUCAUGUCGUUCGAGCGGGCUCGGUUGGAGGCAGCUUCCGUGUCGAAGCGCGAUGAGCUUCAGCAAGCGCUGCGGCGCCUGGUCCUUGCGGCAGAUGCCCACGUGGCUGACUUGUACAGUUCUGGUAAGGGUCAGGACUUCAUCAAGCGAUGGAGCGGUGGACUUCGCUCAGAGAUAUCUGCCAUGCUGGAGGGCUCAUCUAUGCACCCUUUGCCGUUCCAGCAGAUGAGAGGAGGAGGUGGCGGCUAUGUUGCGGACAUGAUGGCCUCCAUGGCCGAGUCCUUCCAUGGCCCCGGUGGCCACGGCCGGGCGGAGACGACCGAAGCCAUGACCACUCUGCCACCUCAGGCCACAUUUUCCAUAGCCCAGUCGAAAAUGACACGCUGGACUGAAAGCCUUGUUGACGAGCAAAUUUGCAUUGGUAGCCCCAUGGCGCCCUGCGAAAUCCACUCCAGAGAGCCAGGGGUUGACGGCGUCCUUGCAACGCUUCACAGUACAUUGAGUUUGGGCUUGGGCUAUGUUUCCUCACAAGGCGAUGGCUCCGAAACAUCUAAGCUGGUGGCCUUGCUUGAUCGGGUUCGUGCAUCGUUGCCACUGCACGCUCAACAGGACUUUCUACAGGACAAGCGACGGCGUGAUCGACUGAAGGAUGUCUGUCGUGUUGUGCGGGCUGCCCGGAAGAAGGGCCAGCGACUGAAGCUCUGCGUGAACUUAAACUUCACCAAGGCGCUGAAUGCCCUGCGUGAGCAUCAUGAGGACAGUUGGGUCGGCCCUGCUCUGGAGUCUGUUUGGGAUGUUAUGCAGAAGAUGAAGCGGGUGUUUGGGUUCGAGCUCUGGCUGCAUGAGGAAGGGCAAGAGCCCCAGUUGAUCGCAGCGGACUUCGGCCAUGCCCAUACCUUCGGCCGCGCUUACUAUGUGGCCACGCGAUUCUUCGAUCGCAAACAUCGAACCCUGCAGCCUGGCUUCGUCUUGGCCUACGCAGAGGCAGAAUGCCUGCGCCGUGCCGGCUUCGAGCUUUGGGACCUCGGCGGCGCGGAUCAUUCCCCGAUGAUGCAGUACAAGCCGCAGGUGGCCAUGGAGAUGCACCGGAGUGAAUAUCUGCUUCGCCUCCGGGAAAUUGCGCGAGCUGAGUAUGCGGCAAUUCCCGAGGAUCAAACGACAUCUACCCCGUCUUUCGCUGAGAGCCAGCAGAAGCCUCUGGCAGAUCUGGCUGCUGCACCGCCACCCGGGGGCGAGCGCGUUCCCGUGGGUGUGGUCUUCGAGGAUCUCUCGGAGGAUGACCUCUGGGGUGCUGCCGCCCUAAAGGCGGAGACCUCCACCUCCAAGUCAAGCAAAGCGCCCAAGGCCAUGCCGCCGACCGCAAUGAGUGGAGCUGACUUCCUGCCGCUCUAUUGUCAGGCGAUGAUGAUGACAGCAAUCGGGAAGAAGUUGGUCACCAUGGUCAAGGACUUGAUCCCGCAGGAUCUGGCAAACACCGCAUGGGCCUUUGCCACCCUGGGUCUUCCCGACAGUGACCUCAUGGACCAGAUCUUGCUGGAGGUUAUCGCCAAGGUGAGCGAUUUCUCCACGCAGAACCUGGCAAAUACUGCCUGGGCAUAUGCGAAGCUUGGGCUCUGGAAUGAGCGGCUUAUGCAGACGCUUUCCCUGGCAAUAGUCCGCAAGGUUAAAGACUUCGAUGGGCAGGGCCUGGCCAAUGUGGCAUGGGCUUAUGCAGUACUGGGCUUCCGGAGCAAGAGGCUCUCGGAAGCUCUACUCGCCGCUUCCCUUGAGAAGAUCGAGGCGCAAGAGUUCGGGGCGCAGGAGUUGGCUAAUCUGGCCUUUGCCUUCGAUGUCACUGGCGACGAAGAUCGUUUGCGAGCCUUCCUGGAGGCCGCGGUGCCUCGCUUCCUUUCUGUUGAUGGUUUCUCGGAUGCUGCAGCCAGUACUGAGCUCGCGAACAUCGUGGCUCGCCACCGGUUUCGAAGCAGAGGUGCGGAAGAAUUAGAUGUGGAGUUUCGCCAGCGCUUCUUCCACCCUGUCUUGAGGGCAUUGCAGAAAUGUGCGACGCCCGGAGGAGACUCUGUGGAGGAGUCUGACAAAAUCGUCGAGGAGCUAGCGGAAGAGGUGACAACAGCCGGACUCACAAAUUUUGGUUACGUCUAUGCACGACAGGCCAUGCAAGAGCUAGGUUUUCGGAUAUGCGACGGGAGCCAACGCCCUGAAUGGGUGACGGAAGCCAGAGCGUUGGCAAGAAGCCAGCUGGAGGAAUGGCGCAUUCCCGGCACCGAAAACAUUGUCGCCGUAAUCUCGUACGAGCUGCACUACAGCGGUGAGGUGCUGCGGCGCGAGCCCACAGUGGUCACGAGCGGAUGGGCCGAAGGCGUCCACGAUGAGGUCAAGGCCAUGUUACGGCCGGUUGAUGCCCGGGGUUGGUCCUGCGAGUCCUACUCUGAACGAGUGGCGCUACUGGAACUCAUUGAGGCUGCCAGAUGCAAGUUCGGCGAUGAGUCCGUGCCGGAGCUGACGGGCUGGGUCCGGAUGUAUCACUCGCAUCACACAAGUGUGACGGGGCUUGGAGUGUUUUGCCAGUUUCGUCGCCACGUCCCAAAGGUCAGCUUGGACUUGGACUUCGAUGGAGCCUGGUACACAUGGGCGGGCAACCCUCGUCCGUUAACUUUGCUCUCCGAUGAAGAGAGCCUCUACUACUACGGCUGA